AACUGACUCACUGUCGCAAUGAAUUUGUUGCCCCGCCGCAGUCUUGGUGCAUACUGCCUACGCUACGCCUACAACACCACUUCCAGACAACUCAGAACAUACAGACCGACGACAGCAUCGCCAAUCCACUUAAAACUUUCACAUUACCCCGCAUCAGUCUCUAUCUUUCGCCCCGCAUUCGUCACGACCCGCACCAUGGCCACCGUGACCUCUUUCGACGAGACCGUCCUCUCCCUCCUCCAGAAGUCCUACCCAGAGGCUGGAGCGACUGCUGACGCCGAUGCCGUCAAGCUGUCCAACGCCAUCUUCAAGGACGUCCAGUACACUGAGCCCGAGAAGGCUGAGAUCACUCAAUGGCUGAUCACCUCCUCCCACGUCGGCUCCUCCACCGAGGAUGAGGCCAAGAGAGUCGAGCGCCUGUCCUCGCUGAACACGCACCUCUCCGCCCGCACGACUCUGCUGGGCUCUAAGCCCUCUGUCGCCGACGUCGCGCUGUACGCGAAGCUGGCUCCCGUCGUCUCCAACUGGUCCGCGGAAGAGCGUACUGGCGAGCAGGGUUACCACCACAUUGUGCGCCACGCCGACUUUGUGCAGAACUCGCCAGUCUUCGGCCUGAAGCUCGGCGAGGACGAGAAGGUCAAGAUCGACACCAACGACGUCAAGUUCACCAUCAAGCCCAUCGACGCCAAGGCCGAGAAGGAGCGCAAGAAGAAGGAGAAGGAGGCCGCUGCUGCUGCCGCUGCGGCUUCCGGCGCCACCCCUACCUCGCUGACUGAGGAGGGCGGCAAGAAGAGCAAGAAGGACAAGGCGACCAAGGACAAGAGCGAGAAGGAGGUCGGCGAGACGGUUGCCGCGGCCGUUGCGGCCGAGGUUCCCGGCGUCGAGAAGAAGAAGGAGAAGAAGCAGAAGCAGCCGAAGCAGCAACCGGCUAAGCCGGCGGAGAAGCCUCUGUCGCCGGCGCUGAUCGACCUGCGCGUGGGACACAUUCUGAAGGCGGAGAAGCACCCGAACGCGGACAGCCUGUACGUGUCGACGAUUGCGGUGGGCGACGCAGCGGGCACGGACAACACGUCCGAGUACGAAGGCCAGGUGGUGCGGACGGUGUGCUCUGGGCUUGCGGGCCUGGUGCCGCUGGAGGAGAUGCAGGGCCGCAAGAUCGUGGCCGUGUGCAACCUCAAGCCCGUGACGAUGCGCGGCAUCAAGUCGUGCGCGAUGGUGCUGGCGGCGUCGCCGAAGGUCGCCGAGGGCGAGGACAGCCACAAGGGCCCCGUCGAGCUGGUUAACCCGCCCGAGGGCGCUCAGGCCGGCCAGCGCAUCUACUUUGAGGGCUGGGAGGGCGAGCCUGAGGGCGUUCUUAACCCCAAGAAGAAGGUCUGGGAGACCCUGCAGCCUGGCUUCACGACUACGGAUGGCUUGGAGGUUGGCUUCGAGGUCGGCGAUGUCCCUCAGCUUGCUGGCGAGGGCGCCGAGAAGAAGUCUGGCUUGGGCAAGCUGAGGACUAAGGAGGGCCUUUGCACUGUCAAGACUCUUGCGAACGCCACUGUCAGGUAAACGAUUUGCUAUGGCAAACGCUAAGAUGGGAUACGAGAAAAUCAACAACACCUAGUAGAGUAUGGAAGAUUUCAUAGAAUCAGUGCUUUGAUAUUGUCUUUUCAGUGACCUUGUGGGGAGCCUUUCUGUAACGACCUCGCGUC